AUGGAGUCAUCUAGUACAAAUCGCUACAGGCACUUGCGCAACUACAAGUGCUCCGACACGAAGCGCUCCUACGUGCACCUGAGAACCAUUUACCAACAUGACGCUGCUGUGCUCCUACGGUUACCAACAAGACAGCAGCUGGCUGCACGACGAAAGCACAUUACGAAGCAACGCGGCGGAGGAUGGGAAAUUGAGACAUUUCACACCCUUCAGGAAUGGUCAGCCGACAAGAUGUGUACGACACGCGAUGAAUUUCUUGGGAGCAGGUCGCCUCAGAACUACGUUGAAUUCGCCGCCCUCGACAAUGCGUACAAGUAA